AUGUUGGGAGCAGCGCAAGCAAUGCUGGACGCAAUAAGCCUCGCCAACAUCCUCUACGACCUCACCACAACCACCACAACCACCUCAGCCUCCAUCACAACCGCCUUCGAAGCCUACUACAAGGACAGAUCCGAACACGGAAAAGCCGCCGUUCAGGGGUCCCGCCACAUGGGUCGUCUCAGCGGUGGUCAUAAAUGGACCGAGUCUGUUAUCAGGAGCAUGUUUCUGAAUAUAAUUCCGUCAAAGGUCCAACAAACAAUAUUGGAUAAGAUGUUGUCGCAUCGGCCGCAGGCGGCGUUUUUACCGUUUGUGAAGGAUCGGGGAGAGCAUAAGGCCUCGCCGCAGAGUCAAGUUGAGGUGGGGAGGAUGCGGACGUUGAGUGGACUGUGUUUGAGGCUCUUUCAGCAGGAUUCUUUUAGUUGA